UGCACACAUAUUAUAAGCCUGUACAAAACAAGUCAUAAUCUUAAAAACAAAGAUAAAAUGAAACAUUUAACCCUUUUAACAUUGACAUGUGUCUUCGUAAAUGUUUCGGCUGAUUUAAUGGAGUAUAUAAGAGCGGUUUCCCUUGCAAACAGACUCAUACAUCUAGCUUCAGGAAUUCACAAUGAUUUAGUAAGAAGUAAGAAUGUAGAAAAUGGAUUAGAAUAUGUAAUUAAAUCAAUGGCCUGUGAAAAUUUUUUUACGCUUGACCAAAUGAAUUAUAUGAUCGCUGUACCGGACUUUGCACCACUUAACAGCGAACGAGAAAUUAUAGAUGCUAUAGGCCAUCAAAGACAAAUAGGAACAGAAAUAAGCCAUGAUCUAAGUAAAUAUCAAUUUUAAUAUUUUUCAAGCAAAUGACUUCCUAAUUUAAAAACCACCGAAAUCCAGAUGGUGUCAUUAUUGUCUAAUAUACGGUUAACGUU